UUGUUGUGGAGUUUAUGGCGUCAAAGAAGUUUAUGGUGACCGCCCGAACAUGGACUGCGGCCGAGGGAUGUUUUGCCCGUUUUGUGGCAAACACAUGAACAGCUUAACGCGGUUUUGCUUUACGUGUGGUCGGUGUUUGGAGUUUUUAAAGGACGCGGACAAGACGGAAACAUUGGAAACACAGAGGACGUCUUGACAGCCGGACAGUGCUAUGCAAAAACAACCAUGCCCAUCAUACAAACAGUUCAUGGAGUACAGAAGCUCGAAAUCAAAAGAACGACAGUCUUUUAACUAUGGGCCAAAAGGAAGAUAUAGGCCUAAAGAAAGAAAACACGUCCAGAUAAACGUAGGAUUGAUGGUGCCAAGUGGAACUGAUUUAAAACCUCUAAGAGGGAAAACACUACCGUUAUUUACAGACCCAGAGGUAGCAGCACCUGAUCUACUGAAACAAGCUGUCCAGAAAAUGACAACAUUUAACAAGGACAUGCACGAAGGACCUUAUGUCCUUUUGUAUCCAGACUGCUCAGAGGUGGUUCAUGUGCCUGGGUCAGAAAGGCCAUUCAAAUUGGCAGAAUAUAAAAAGGAAAUAGGAAAGGCAUAUUCCAGGAUCACUUUUUUCAUUUGCCUAGAAAAACACUAUAAAAGAGUGGAUGAUACCUCAGACUCUGAUUCUGAAAUUGUCAUCACAACAAGGAGCACAGCUGAACUCAAUCGUGCUGACACUUUGGUUUUUGAACCACAAAAUCGAAGUACUCCCAAACACAAGCUGGACGAUGAAAGAGAUGCACCAGGACAAUCAACAAUUCAGCCAGGACAGAUAGUAAUAUCUGAUGCUGAGGAUCUGGAUCCACCGGAAGCAAAUCCAGAAAAAAUGUCUUGCUACAGUAAAUACACAGACCUGUAUUCACCAAAUGUUGAGCAGGAGGACGAAGAGCCGGUUGCUGUCAAUGUGAAGAAUUUCCAACACACAGCAAUGGAGGAGACGGACAUUGCAUUACCUGACAUCGUAGCAAACCUGUCUCUUCCUAUUGAUCAUUAAAAAGUCAGCCGGUUUAACAUCUCAAGGGCUAAUGUUUGGGAUGGGGCAGUCAGAGGUUUCAAGCGUACAACAUAUUCUGAAACCUGUGACAUGCUGGUGAAAUUUACUGAUGAUACUGGUGUUCUGGAAGAGGGAAUUGACACUGGUGGUCCAAGACGAGAGUUUUUAACUCUACUGAUGAAACACCUAAAAGACCGGCCCAUUUUUGAUGGACCAGAAGGACAUCGGUUCUUGGUCUACAAUGCAAAGGAUUGAGAAUGCUGCUUCAUUGGAUGCUCUGCAAGAAUGUAUGAUGAGACACAGCACAAUGUUACAGACAGCAGGUUGUCUGAGACAUGUGGCUACUGUGGAAGAAAAUAAAGAAAUCGUGUCAGACUACCUCCAAUGGUAUAUCAUUGACCGCAACUCAUCUGUAAUUGACAGAUUCAGAGAUGGUCUUUCAACCCUGGAGUUUUUGACUGCACUACAGCAACACCCUACUUUGCUGGCCCCUGUCAUGUGCCACUCUGAAAGGCGACUCACUGCUUUUGAACUUGAGAGACUCUUCAAACCUGACCUCAGUCCUUCGGGAAGUAAUCGAAGACUUAAAGAAAGUCAAACCAUGGCCUACUGGGCAGACUAUCUCCUUGAUUGUGAAGAAGGCCAGGCUGCUGUGUCUGUGGAAGAUGUUUUGAUGUUUGCUACUGGGCUGUCUUCACUUCCCCCAUCUGGCUUGGAACCACUGCCACAAAUAGAGUUCCUGGCUUGCUACCUAGUUGGUGUUGAUUCAUAUUAUCCGUUUUGUUAUAAAACAGCUGAGCUAGGUAGCGAAAUGAUAAUUCGCAACGCUAGCUAACGUUAGCUAAAUUCCGGAGCUCGUGUAGGGACAUAAGCUUCAGGAGCCUGUGGGUUAGAUUUGAUUCCACCAUGGACAACAACAACUGGCUACUGUUACUAGUUCGUUUUCAGACAUAUGUUAAACUCAUAGCUAGUUUAUCCAGUGACCACCGCAUUUGGAAAUGUAGCUGUCUAGUUAGCAUUCUGGCUCACACUUGCCAUGCUGUAGCAAAAUACACAACUAUCUCGAUUUAAGAGCUCAUGGCAGAGAUAUUAGAGAAAGGAGGAUCUAGGAAUCCCAUUUGUCAAUUAAUGGAAAAACGUAUAACGCCUCACCCAGCAGACUGUCGAACAAUCGCAUUCACCUUGUAAUGCAGGGUCACGCAAUCCCUUCUCAGAGUCAGGGUAUGAGUCGAGAAACAUGCAUAUUUUCCUCCACAGUAGGCAUUGUCACAAUUCCAAAGCUAUACGAUAUUACAGAGAACAAGUAAAUUAUCUCACAUAUCAGAAAAGAUUUGCAAUUACGAUAUUCUUCUUCAGUGGACUUUAAUGGUGGUUGGUAUCCAAUAUGUUGCAUUACUGCCCCCAACUGGACUAUAGUAUAAAGUCAUUAUAUUUUAGGAAAAGGUAGAAAAGUAUGCAAAUACUUUAUUUCCCGGGGGAGGGUCCUGCUUUUUCAAAUUCAGUCAGGGGGAGGGUUUAGUAUUAUUUAUUUUUUUGUCCAGGGUAGGGUCAUGUAAUUUGUAAUUGAUUAUAUGUCAGUAUUUGUCAACAUUUUGGAAUUUUUGUAUUGAAUUACCAUAUAACUUCGGUGUACAACCCUGCUCUCUUUUCUCUCUCUCUCUCUCUCAAUUCCAUUUCAAUUC